UGUGUUUGAGUCACUGGUAGCGACUCCACACGUCAACAAAAAAAAAGACAAGACAAUCACCUGCUCGGAUAAUACCUUUAAAAAAAAAAAAAAAAAAAAAAAGAGGGAACUUUAUGAAUAAAUAUUCUAAUGAGAGCGUGAGAGAGGUGGUUGAUAUUUUAAUGUCGAGGCUCUGAGGCUGCUGAAGUUUGUGGCAUGUCAGCCCCGCUGUGAGUGAUAGGUGAGGGUAACAGGUCCACGCUGAGCUGCGGUGUGAUUUUUGUUUUGUUUUUGUUUUUUUUAUUUUAUUGUACAUGCUCUUAUUCGACUGGACGCAGCAGCGGAGCCUUAUGACAUUACGCACAGACCGGGAGCGCGGCUGCAAAUGGGCGGCAUAGGUGGCAACCUCUACCUCAGCAUGUUGAAUGGGACUGAGACGCAAACUUUCGGAAAGAGCCCCGACAUCAGCAGUCACCUCCACCGCGGCGGCAAGGAUCUAGCCGAGUUCAAAAUGGGGAUUCAGGACGCGAGGUUUUACUACCCGGACUCUGUUCAGAGCGGCCAGGACGCCCUGGCUCUGCCGUACCACUCGGAGCAGGCUAUGGGAGGGUACGGAGCGCAGCCCGGCAGGUUUUACGCACAGACCCUCAGCAGCUGCCCGUACGGCGGCGUGCGGUCGCCGCCGAGAAGCGCGGCCGGGCAGGGUUACAUCCCGACGGCGGGAGACGGGUUUCCAGCAGGCGGUAAAGACUUGUACUCUCCUUCUCCGGAGAGCUACACCGCCAGCUUCCAGCACGGCUACCAGCGGCCGCCUCUCUACCCUUUACCUGGGCUACAGGUGUGCGGGAAGACUCAGGCUCUGCUCAAUAACUACCCGCUGUGGGCCAAGUUCCACAAGUUCCAAACCGAGAUGAUAAUCACCAAACAGGGGAGGAGGAUGUUCCCCUUCCUGAGCUUCAACAUCAGCGUUCUGGACCCGUCCGUCCACUAUAACGUCUACGUGGACGUGGUUCUGGCUGAUCAGCACCACUGGAGGUACCAAGGCGGCAAGUGGGUCCAGUGUGGGAAGGCGGAGGGCAACAUGCCAGGGAACAGGAUGUACAUGCACCCCGACUCUCCCAACACAGGAGCUCAUUGGAUGAGGCAAGAAGUGUCGUUCAGCAAACUCAAGCUCACCAACAACAAGGGCAGCACCAAUAAUGUGGCGCAGAUGAUCGUGCUCCAGUCGCUCCACAAGUACCAGCCUCGUCUCCACAUCGUGGAGGUGAAGGAGGACGGCACAGAGGAUCCCUUCCUGUCAUCCAAAGCUCAGACCUUCAUCUUCCCGGAGACGCAGUUCAUCGCCGUCACUGCCUAUCAGAACGCAGAUAUCACUCAGCUGAAAAUAGACCAUAACCCCUUCGCUAAAGGUUUCCGCGACAAUUACGACACGCUGUACGCUCCUCCCGACUCUGAUCGCCUCACCCCCUCCCCCACAGAGAGCCAGCAGCUGCUGCCAGGGAGCUGCUACCCUCAAGGCUACCUCCCCGAGCAGUACAUGAGCCCCCUUCCACAGAGCCGCUUCUAUGGCCGCGAGCCUAUCGGCAUGGGCCAGCAGCACAAAGACCCGUCCGCCAGCCCUGGCCCUCAUAGCCGCUGGUACCUGCCUCCUCAGCAGGGUGUAGCCCCCAACCGGCUCGACUUCACUUCCUCCUACGAGGGUGACUUCUCCGGAAAUGGUUUCUACAAGCCCUUCCCCUUGCAGACAUCCGCUCACCAUGCCCUCAGCUACUACCCAGACCAUCCCUUUGCAUCUACCAACGUGUCCGUAUCAGGAGCCACCUCAGCGGCCUGGACCACCAGCCGGCCCACGCCUCAGUACCUCACCCACCCGAGUAAGCCUGGCCCGAGUCUGGGCUGGUUCAGACCCAUAUCAUCCUCUUCCUCCUCCUCAUCUUCUUCUACGUCACCAGGCAACCCGAGGCUGCACCCUCCCUCGCUGCAGCCUCUGCAGCCGCCCCUGCUCCAGGACAAGCCCAAAGACUCUGUGGAGGUGGCGGGAGGAGAGGACCCCUGGCUCGAACCUCCUUCUGUGAAAUCAGCGGCCUCGGCUGACUCGGGCCUGUUCGAGGGCGGCGUGGGGGACAACAAGAAGAGGAGGGUGUCGCCCUACACAUCCAGCACUGAAAACUCCCCGCCACCACGCGGGGGGGACGUCUGCGAGAAGGACAGCAACAGCGACGCAGACUACUAUGGCUAUUACACCCACUGAAGACCUCAAACUUGAACCACACCACCACUUCUGCCAGCGUCCACCCACACCGCCCUCAUGAACAUGUAGUGGUCUGUCGAGUCAGGUCACGACGAAGGGCCGGAACAGUCUCCACUAGAACCACAAAAGAGAACGUCCACGCAGUCUAUAAAGUCUCCACUCAAAGUGUCAAACGAUUACAGGAGGAACUUUCAAGGUUACUGUCAGAGUUAGCGUUGAACCGAAGUGGAUGUGACUGGGACGCUGCCCUAGAGUCACAUAAACACCGCGCAGACAAACAGACCUGUGACUUCAGCCUUUGAAACAUCUGGAGAUUUUUGAGGAGGGAAAAAAAAAUGAUCUGCAUAUCUGCCUGCUGACAGACGCCUGCAGGGAUUGUCUGUUCGAACCGCAUCAAACACUCUCUCUGUCCCUUCCGCUCUGUCUUAUCUCCGUCCGUCUCGUCCUUCUCACCCUCAGCCACUCACACAUACUCCCACAAUAUGCUUGUGUGUAUUCCCCCUGACGAUUCUGAGCAGAAUUAACGUUUCACUCGCAGUCCUUUCUGCGAUCCAGCCCGGUACGUUUAGCGCGGCUCCCACCGGUGGUGACACGGGAGCUCUGCAGGCGCCGAGGCCAGAGUGAGCUGAAGUCAGGAGGUUAAAAGAGCUUAACAAGCACAUGUUCAGAAGCACGGCCGCUAAUCUAACUAAACCCAGCUAGGACAACCUGUGUGUGUGUGUGUGUGUGUGUGUGUGUGUGUGUGUGUGUGUGUGUGUGUGUGUGUGUGUGUGUGUGUGUGUGCGCGCAGAAAUAGCAAAUCCAUACAAGUGAAGACAACCAACAUAUCUCUCAACUGUGAAGGCAAAUUGUCCGAAUUGAAACACUUCUAUCAAGUGUUUGAAGGGUAAAGCAAGUCACUGAAUCCUGUCUUUACAUCCACUGCAGAGAGGGAGGAUGAACAUUGUUAAAUAUGAGCAAAACUAGGGUUCACAUUUUCAGACUCACAGCGUUGCACUAUAUAUAGAAUAGACUAAAAAGCGAGCUUGAGAUUGAAGUUCAAUCACAGGGUGAAGUGGGUGCAGACCGUCAGUUUCGGAAAGUUACAGAAAUCAGCCGCAGCUGCCCGGAUCCACCAUCAUGAAGGUGUCGGGGGGAGCAGGGGGCGUUCUGAUGAGACACACUGGCAACUUUAAAACAUGAAGGUGGUGCUUGAUGAGAUUACAUCUUUCAGAUCUUUAGAAGCUGCUCUGAACUGAUCCUCACUAACACAAGUUGAGAAAUAGUGAUAUUCAGCAUCUCUCUUUUGUAAUUCUGAGUCUGAAUCGGGGAUUUGAAUUGCAAGAUAAGGUCUUUAGACAUGAUGAAGGGGGGGGAGCAGGAGCCAGAACACCAGCGCCAAUAACAAUAAAACUGUGAAAAGUUGGAAAACUGUGAAAAGUUGUAUCCGUGGAGGGAAGUGCGACGGCUUUAGAAACACAUAUACACAAACUGCACCAGUGAAUAUGAGACUGUCUCCUCACCUCCUGUCUCACUCUGGCUUUAGCUCUUCAGCAAAGGAAAAGUUCUCACAAAAAAAUUGAAAUUCAGUCAUUGUGUAUUCACCCCCAUUCUGAUGGAAAGUCGCAGUCGAGUUGCAGCAUUCUCCUAAACAACUUUAAGCAGCUGGAGACUUUUUAAAACAUCAUAACAAAGAUGAAAAGACGUUAUUUAACAUCUUUCUUUAAGACGAAAUCUUCACUGUAGCAGCUGAGACUCAGUUGUUUAGUAAAACGCUGCAACUCUGUUUUACUGUGAAGCUCCUGGAAUGUUUUGUGGACUGAGAAAAUGAGUAGAUAGUGACUGAAUUUUCAUUUUUUGGGUGAACCGUUCCUUUAAUCUUGUUUGUUUAAAUUACAGAAAGUAAUCCCGAAGUCUGCGUCGUCCGUGCCGUGCUGCCUGGACGUGUUUCCUCCCCGUACAGUAGCAGCAGACGUGUUCGAAGUGGGUCAUCCUGACGCACCCGUACUUAAACAGACGAGGCGCUGUCACGGUAAACAGGAAGCACAAAGUGACCAGACGGACACAGAAUUUCCCCCCCUAGUCUUCGGGCCUAUCAUGUUGUGACACCGGUUGACACGAGGCCCGGCUCCCGGCCCUGGUGACAGAAAUGAAGAGUGAGGCCACAGUCGGCGCUGAUCAGAGGUCUGCUCCUCAUUCCUCACCAGGUGUGCUAAUGGCCUCGGACAACACUGGGGGCGACAGACAGGCUCCCGCUCUGUGAAGUGCACGGCUACUAAAGCCUUUUACUGACAGAGAGAUAAAAAUUACCAACAUUUUUUUAUUGCUUUAUUUGUGAAAAGGCCCAAAAUGAGCAGAUGAAAACAGCACCAGCCAGCUACACUAUGUACAUGUCAGAGAGUCUACUACAAGAAAUACUUUUAUUCUCCCUUAUUUUAUUGACCCCAAAAAAAUGUAGCUAAAGACGGGAGACAGUUAGCUUAGCUUAGCAUAAAGACUUGAAGCAGAGGAAAACAGCUAGCAUCGCAAGAAAUGCUCCUCCAUGUAACCUUUCAUAAAAGCACAAAUCCGUUUCUGUACAGAUUAAUCCAACAGGGUAUAAAGUGUUAAUGUGUGAGCCAAGAUUUUGCAUGUCGACACAAAAUUGAAGCUCUUCAUCCUUUGCUUCAGUGAUUUUAUACCAGCAUAUAACAAGCGGAGCUUAAGCUGAAGAUACAGGACACAUUCUGUAUAAAAUGUUAGAGCGUCAAGAGGAACUCCUGCAGACGACACUUCAUAAAAGCACAAAUUGAUGUUUUUUACGCUUCAGUUUUUGUACAGAUUGAACAAACUGCGAGAAAAAGUUGAGAUAUAGUUGAUGAUGCGAGAUGUUGAUCCAAAAAACUGGAGCUAGAGUUUGAAGACUCCGUUAGCCUUAGCUUAGCUUAGCUUAGCGUAGUGUAAAGACUGCAGUCAGCGGGGGAAACAGCUAGCAUAGCUCGACAAGAAAAUGCUUCUGUAGAUACCUUCAUAAAAGCACAAGUUUCUAAACUUCGGAUCAAACUAACAGGGUAUAAAGUGUUAUAUUUCAGCUUUGGUGGUGCUAGUUGGCAGGUUUUUUUCUGAGCUAAACUAAUUUUAUGCAAGAUUCAUUAAGAUACUGGGGCUUAAAACUGGAAUCACUGGAAUUUAAAGACAAUCAAGAAAAAAAAGAUGCAUAGAGAUGUAAACUCUCUUGACAAACUCCUGCACAGUUAGCUUAGCGUGUUAUAAAGACUUGAAGCAGGAGGGAAACAAGCUCGCCUGGCUCGCCAAUACAUCCUCCUGCAGAAAACCCUUAAAAGCACAAUUUGUCAUGUUCACACUUCAGAUUUUGUAUAAGUUUUAUAGAAGCGUUGUGGGACUUGAGAUGGUGUCACUGGAAUUUUAAAGACAAUCAGAAACAUCAUGCACAAAGAUGUAAAGUCUCUUCACAAGUGUAACUACUGGGACUUAAACUGGAGAGUUUGAAAUAUGAUCCAUAUUGGUGUAAAAUCUUGUUUAAAGCACUUGAUUAAAAAAAAAAAAAAAGGUCUUAAUGAUGUCGAUGCAAAAAAAAGGGCCACGCUGUGUGACAGUUCAGUCCUGAAUAUUAGAAUAAAGUGUUAAUGAAGUGUUAAUUUUAUGCUGAAGACAGAAUGGAUAUAUCGUUUGAUUAUCUGAGGAGAAAAUAUGUAUGUUGCUUGUGUAACAUUUCCAACAGAUGUACUAUUUAAUGUUUAUGUUGAGAAGUGUCGAGAGAAAAAAGCCGAUGACUCUUAACAAGAGUCAAUUCAUGUUUUAAGUGCAAUUAAUAGGAAGUUAAUUAGAAUUAGUGAUGGCAUUUUUUUAAAAAAAACAAAACAAAAACAAAAAAACAGCGAGAGCAGAAUUUUGUCCGAUCACUGGCUGGCUGUUAUUUAUUUCAUGUGCUGUGGUUUGUUUCGUGGUUCACUCAGUGAUCCUGCUGCACCAACACGCCGGGCAAAGACCUCCGAGAAAAGAAAAAAAAAAGAAGCUUUUUCAAGACACACCUCAGGAACGACCCCUGCUGGCUAUCUCAGCUACUUACAAUCAGACAAUCCCUGAUGUUAAACCUCUAAUACCUCCAUUUUCCCCCUUGUGUCUGUGUUUCCCUGGAAGACACAAUUUCCCCUCAGUCAGAAAACAAGACUGUGCGGGAACAGAGAUUUUACUGUACGAUUAUAUAAAUAUAAGAGUGAAAGGAGGGAGACCGGACGAGGUCGAGCGCCAAGCAUGUUAUUUUUUGUGUGUGAUCCAUGUGCACUGUUGAUUUCACGGGGGAGCCACGAUGACUCCUCUGACUCUUUUCAUCCAGAGCUUAUAAAUGGCAACGCAUAAACAAACGAAAGAAAAGAUUUCUGGAAGGGGAAAACUGUUAUUUAUUUAAAAAAAGGUGGCAUAUUUGUGUAUUGUACUGUUGUUGUUUUUUUUUUAUUCAUGAAAUUAAAGCUUACACAUGAACAAA